AUAUCCUUGUGAAGAUGUCCUUGAAAGUAAUCGUGGUACUACUGGCUCUGACCAUCAGCGUUGCGCUGGCUCGUAAUCUGCAGCCGUCACUGAAAGCCGCUCAAAAGAUUCGACAGCUUCACAGUGAGACCCUGGCUCUGGCCGAGACGCAUCAAUCCACAUCGACGACUUGCUUCUCUAUCUAUAAUCCUCUACUGAACCAAGUCGCGAGCAACUACGAAGUGGAGUACGAGCGUUGCAUUCAAGCCUAUGAAACAUGCAGCUCGAAUAUUGACAAUUUAUAUAAAUCUGCCCGCCUAGAGCUUGAGUCGAGUGUCUAUCAGUCCUGCAGAUCCCUCAGUAACUGCAAUAUGAUUACGAAUGCCUACUCAGCCUUCACUUGCGCCUCAACUCAGGCUGCUGAGGACUCAAAGAUCUUCUAUUCGAUUUCUGCCAACGCAUCGGACUUGGCUGCCAGGAGCAAGGCUGACUACAUUGAGGUCGAGACUGCAAAGUCCGUGUGCAUUAACCUUGCGGAGAAGAACUAUGUUGAGGGUACCUCUAGGGUCUAUGGCCAACUGAAUAACUGUCUGCUGGGCUACGACAUUCCUAAUCCACCUACAGUAGGCCCUGCUACACGUCCUCCAAAUUAUGAUGACACAACUUCUGAUCCCUAUGGAUCAACAUGGAACUAUGACUACGCCCCAACUUACCCAGGCAGCUCCAAAUAA